GUGUGCAACGGCGUUGGACCAAUCAGGUAGAGAGGGGGCGGGGCUUCAGCUCGGGUUGACAGGAAGUUGAAGCAGUGCGUGGCGGUCGGGUGAAGCAGCUCAAAGUUGACUGAAACACGUAGGAGUAAUGAAGAGAAAGAACCACGACACUGGGCACUUGGAUUUUGAGAAAUUCCAAGAUGAAGAAGACAGCAAUGUUGACGAGGAGGUGGAAGAAGAAAUUAAAAAUCCUGGAAAAAAGAGAAAUGUCAUGAAAAACAAGCAACCAAAAGCUGUUGGAGUAAUAGAAGCUGUUAAACUAAGUAAAAGAGAGCUGUACAAGACUCCAACUAAUGAAGAGCUCAGUCAGCUGAAAGAAACAGAGAAUCUCUUUCAUUCUGCUUUGUUACGAAUGCAGGUAUUACACCACGAUAAAACAACCUAAUUUUCUUGAACGUUUGAAUGUUUCAAUUAUGGAAAAUAGAAAACUUCUUUUCCCUUGCCCUAUUUCCACCCUGUAUCACAUUGAAGCACAAAAAGAUGCUGAUUGAACAGUUAUUCCUUUGUUUAAGUGUUACUCUCUCCUUUUCUGAAAGCAGUGGCUUGUGCUUAGGUAUGAUUUAAUGAGCAGCAGCAGCAGUACCCCCCCUUCUACAGGACUGUCGAAGGGGAUAUUGUAGACAUCUUCAUGUCAUGAACUGAUGCCUGAAAAAAGUAGGAAAUAAAAUAAUUUGAAAGAUAAA